UUCACCUGCGCGCAUGCGCAUUAAAGUAAAAUUCAAUGGCGAAAAUGUUUACAUAUUAUCGGCGCUUUCUGCUGAAUUCAACCCGUAACAUGUGAUAGACAAGCUAAAAUUUAUUGUCCAUGCGUUUAAACAUACGUUGUUCUCUGAAAACAUAAACAAACAAUAUAUUUACCUGGCUCAGGUGAAAUACAGUGAGCCACAAUGCAGUACUACGACAGCAAAUCCCAGCUGGACGGGAGUGACCUCGACUCCCAGUCGGCUUUCGAGAUGCGGCCCUGGCCCUCCCACUACUCCUCCCAGCUGAGUAUCACGCCUUCCUACAAGAGUUAUCUGUCCACAUACACCCAAUCCCAGGCUUCCUUCUUCAUUCUGCCUGUUACAGCCGAGACUCCGCAGGAAAGAUGGCGGUCGCAGCACAAUUGGGGCUUUGCUCUGUGUUCCAUGUUUAUUAAUCCGAUCUUCGGUAUCGUGGCACUACUUUUGGCAGAAAUGUCCAAGGACUACUUCAACAAGAAGGAGUAUAUCCAGGCUUCCAAGUACGGAUCGUACGCCAAGGGCGCCGCCAUGGGGGGGAUUAUAGUCACUUUGAUCGUGAUUAUCCUCAUCAUAGCACAGGCUAUACAUUAUCACCUCAAGUUCAACUAUUAGCACAGGCAAAACAUUAUCACAGCAAGUUCAACUACUGAUUAGGCCAGCAGUGCUUUGAUUUUAAAGUAUAUAUAUUUUCACCUGAAGAUCAACUACUGAUGAUAUCAGUGCUUUGAUUUUACAUUUUCUGUAUAUAUGUGGACGAUUGAAAAUUCAAGCUAUACAUUAUCACCAGAAGUUCAACUGCUGAUGAUGUCAGUGCUUUGAUUUUACAUUUUCUUGACUUGCACUCACCAACUGAUUCUUAGAGUUAAGUCUGAAAAUAAAGAAUGGUCUAAGAACUGAUAUUUUCUUAAAAGAUUUUAUUGUUGAGUCUUACUUCACAUUUGAUACCUCAAAUUACAUUAUCCUUCAUCUAGAACAGUAUGCAACUUUUUUUUUCUUCACCAUUUUGGGAAUAGGGCCGGGUCCCUUUGGAUUGGGAAAAUUUGCGGCGUUUUGACCAAAAUUGGGAAAUAAGUGUUGUUGUUAUUUUGCUUAAACAGGCUUCAAAAUUGAGAAUACAGUAUUAUAUUUACAAAGGUUGAACUUAUAUGAAUGGGAGAUGAACAAAAUAUUCAGAACUAAAAAAAAAAAAAUUCAACCUUCCAUUGGGAAUUUUUAGCUCCCAUUUGGGAAAAAAUAUACACUUUUUUCCAUUGGGAAUUACCGGACCCAAUUUUGAUAUGCACUGUUGAUAGCCUGCGUCUAUUUAAACGAUCUUGAGUCCGAGUCUUUUCUUGAUAUUUAAGUUUUAGAAUUGUUUGGUGAAUACGGGACAUGGAAUUCUGGGACAAUAGAAAAUUGUCAAUGUAUAUUAUUAUCAUGUAUAUAUCCGAACAAGUAGAUGGACUUCAUGAAAGAAUAUCAUGUAUAUUUUUAUGUUUGAUGCUUUUGAUGUCUUGGUGUAUUAAUUUUGGAAAAUGAUAAGUUAGAGAAUGUGUUUUGUUAUGUCUACUUUUAUUAACAGCGAAUGUCCAAUAAACACGUAUUUUUUGUAACAUUUUUCCCAAGGGAAAACAGCUGACGUGUUAAUGAAAUUCCUUAUUUACGCCAAAUUUAAUUGAAUCGACCGAAUAUGUGUUAAUUUUAUUAAUCAAAGAGCAUAGCAAUUGUUGAUAGUCUGUUGUACUGCAUUUUCGUACCAGUCCUAUAUAUUUCAUGUGUGACCUCAUAUAAAUUUGUUUUUUUUAUUGAUAAAAUGUACAGAAAUAUUCAACUUUGCAAUAUCAUUGAUUCAUGAAAAAAGCUGAUUCUAAAACUGCAUAAUUAAUUUUGAAUAGAGAUUUGGAUAGUUUUAUAUAGACUCAAUACAUAUACUAAAGAUCUUGUUUCCACUUGGACGCUUAAUUUUUUUGUUCACCUUAACUCUUCUGAAUAUUUUGGUCGAGUUCUCAAUAUAUUUUUUUCAAAUUUGAUCAUGCUAUUCAGUUUGCGAUAUUAUUUGCUUCAUUUGCUCAUAUUUGCUUAAUGAACUGUAAAAUAACACACUCAAAUUAUCCCCCAUCCCCCAAAAAAAUAAUUAAAAAUAAAUGAAUAGAGAGUUCGUAGAUUUCUGCGUAUAAUCUUUUAUAAUUAAUGUGGGGAGACAAAAAAAAAGUUAAUGACCAAACAGUUGAACCAGACCUACCCAAAUGACUUUUGUUGACGUUGUGAAUGGUUUCAGUAACUGGACACAAUAAAUUGUUCGUCUAGUUAAAUGUACUUAGAGGUAUUUAAUUGUCCAUUUAUCAA